AAUCAUACUCUCAUUUCAGUUUUUUUUUUUAAAAUUCUUUUUGGGGGUAGCUUUGAAGCUGGUGAUAGUGUGAUAUAGUAGUAGUACAUAGCUUGUCUCUUACAGAACAAAAACCUCUUUCUUUCGCAAACUCCACCCACUCACACAAUUCCCACCACUCCUUUUUUUCCUAUGGCAUUUCGCCGGGUAACAUGAUUACCCUCCGAUCUUCUUCGCUAAUUCCGAUUCCGCAAUCCCCUACCCAAUGGCGCUGCUCCUUCUGGUGUUCCUCCUGCAGCUGAGUUCCCAUCUCCGAGUUAACUCGGAGCCCACUCAGGACAAGCAAGCCCUCCUUGCUUUCCUCUCCAAAACCCCACACUCCAACCGCCUUCAAUGGAACGCCUCAGCCUCCGCCUGCGACUGGGUCGGCGUCAAAUGCGACGCCUCACGCGCCUUCGUCUACUCGCUCCGUUUACCCGCCGUCGGCCUCGUGGGUCGGGUCCCACCCGACACGAUCGGCCGCUUAAGCCAGCUUCGGAUCCUUAGUCUCCGCUCCAACGGCCUCACCGGCGAGAUCCCCGCCGAUUUCUCAAACCUAACGUUCCUCCGCAGUCUCUACCUACAAAACAACGACCUCUCCGGCGAGUUCCCACCGAGUCUCACUCGCUUAACUCGCUUGGCUCGCUUGGAUCUCUCCUCCAACAACUUCUCCGGCCCCAUCCCUUUCUCCGUCAACAACUUAACCCACCUCACCGGUCUUUUUCUCGAAAACAACACCUUCUCCGGCAUAAUCCCAAGCAUCACGGCCAAGCUCGUUGACUUCGACGUUUCAUAUAACCGCCUCAACGGCUCCAUUCCCCAGACGCUCUCCAAUUUCCCCCAAUCCUCAUUCGCCGGAAACCUAGCUCUCUGCGGGCCGCCGUUGAAGCCCUGCAACCCCUUCUUCCCUGCUCCGGCGCCGUCUCCGUCCGCCAAUUCCAACCCGCCGCCGCUCCACAAGAAGUCCAAGAAGCUCUCCACCGGCGCCAUUGUCGCAAUCGUUGUCGGGUCUGUUUUGGCGGUGGCGUUGUUGCUGCUGCUGCUGUUACUCUGCCUCCGGCGGAGGCGGAGGCAGCCGGCGAAGCCGCCGAAGGAGGCUACUGCGGCGGCGCGUGCCGUGCCAGCGGAGGCGGGGACGUCGUCGUCGAAGGAGGAUAUUACGGGGGGCUCGGCGGAGGCGGAGAGGAACAAGCUUGUGUUUUUCGAAGGGGGGAUAUACAGUUUCGAUUUGGAGGAUUUGUUGAGGGCUUCGGCGGAGGUGUUGGGGAAAGGGAGUGUUGGGACCUCGUACAAGGCGGUGCUGGAGGAGGGGACGACGGUGGUGGUGAAGAGGCUUAAGGAUGUUGUGGUGACGAAGAAAGAGUUCGAGAUGCAAAUGGAGGCUUUGGGGAAGAUUAAGCACGAGAAUGUGGUUCCUCUCAGAGCGUUUUACUUCUCCAAGGACGAGAAAUUGCUCGUUUACGAUUACAUGUCUGCGGGUAGCUUGUCUGCGCUGCUACACGGGAGCAGAGGGUCUGGGAGAACACCACUAGAUUGGGAGAGCCGGAUGAGAAUAGCAGUAGGAGCAGCAAGAGGGCUGGCAUGCCUCCACGUGUCAGGGAAGGUGGUCCACGGGAACAUUAAAUCUUCCAACAUCCUCCUCCGAGGGCCGGAGCAGGAGGCCGGCGUUUCAGACUUUGGCCUCAACCCCUUGUUCGGGAACGGAGCCCCAUCCAACCGGGUGGCGGGUUACCGGGCACCCGAAGUGGUGGAAACCCGAAAGGUGAGCUUCAAGUCUGACGUGUACAGCUUCGGCGUGUUGGUGUUGGAGCUUCUGACGGGGAAAGCGCCGAACCAAGCCUCUCUGGGGGAAGAAGGAAUCGACCUUCCCAGGUGGGUCCAGUCUGUGGUGCGCGAAGAGUGGACUGCUGAGGUGUUCGAUGCGGAGCUCAUGAGGUUCCACAACAUAGAGGAGGAGAUGGUUCAGCUGUUGCAGAUCGCCAUGGCUUGUGUUUCGGUGGUGCCCGAUCAGAGGCCCACCAUGCCGGACGUGGUCCGCAUGAUUGAGGACAUCAACCGGGGAGAGACCGACGACGGCUUGCGCCAGUCCUCCGAUGAUCCUUCCAAAGGAUCAGAGGGUCACACGCCUCCCCCGGAGUCAAGGACUCCACCUAGAUCUCAAACACCUUAACAAUAAACAAAUAUUAUGUGAAUUACGCCAUGCCCUUCUUGUCCAUUUUUUCCCCGCUCCAUGUAUUUCAUUUCAUUUCAUUUUUUUAAACUAUUCUCUCUUAUUAAUUCCAAUCAUUUUUACAGGUGUGA